AUCUCACUAGGGGGGAAGGACGUCCCCUUAAUACCUAUAAAAAGUAAGGUUUCAAAAUUUUUGGGGGGUAAUUACUCCCAUUAUUCCCCCCGUACAUGCGCCCCUGCAAUGGCUUGAUUUACUUCUUCUACCGUUACAUAUCGUAUAACCACGCUAUUAGUAAUUUUUGCUUUUUAAUAAUUAUCUGUUUUGUUACAUUAUUAUAGAAAAGUUGCCUGUAAAUUCUAAUUAAAGCAUUUUUUUGGUUAAACAAAUGUGUUUCAUUUCUAAAAGAGAUGGGAGUAAAUGUACGUUAUACAAUUUUUUUAGAAAAUUAUUUUUUUCUCAGAAAAUUCACAAUAUCCUUAACUUUUUUUGAUCAGUUUAUAUCAAAAUUCAUCAAUUCGCGAGAGCUCUCUGUGAUAGAGCAUUGUCGGUCGAAUAUCCUAACACCCUGUAUAUAUUUUAAAUGUGUCCGUAAUAUCUUUUAUAUGCAUUGAACAUGAAUUUUGGUUUUGUGAAAGCAAUUUAGGAUAAUUUAAAAAUGUCCACAAAUGUCAAAAAAGACGAGACAACUACAACAAAAAUACAAACCAACAACUAUCUACGAAUUACGAGAAAAAAUAAAUGUUUUAAAAAUAUUCGCCUUGUGGAUAUGAUUGGCAACUUUGUAACAAUGUAAAGUUAUUCUAUAUAGGGUGUUUUUGCGCGAGAAUAUUAAUCAAUAAUGGUUUUUUUAAUCCCAAUUUUCUUCUAAAUGCCUAAUUAAAUGUUUUCUUGGAAAAAUAAAUACCAAUAUUGAUUCUUUCUACGUAAAAAAUAUAUAUCCAACAAAACGAUUGGACUUAACUGAUUUAAUCGAAAAAUGUGAAAUAAACGUUUUCUUGCAGCAAUCAUGCCUACCGCCAUCGGUGAACAAAUCAAAACGGCCCCAUUCGACCCCCGUUUCCCCAACACCAACCAGACGCGCUACUGCUACCAGAGCUAUAUCGAUUUCCACAGGUGCCAGAAGGUGCGCGGUCCUGAGUACAAGGCUUGCGAGUAUUUUUCCAAAGUAUUUCAUUCCGUGUGCCCCAAUGGAUGGGUGGAGAAGUGGGACAACCAAAGAGAGGAGGGAACUUUCGCCGGCAACAUUUAA